AUGCCAAACAAAAAGAAAGCCAAAUCCAAAGCAAAGAAUAAAACAAAAGCUUCCAACAAUGCACCGACUCAAAAUGGAGGCAAUAUUGCAGCAGCAGAAUCAAAGGAGAAUAACAGUGGAGGUGAAGGAGUGCAAGUGGUCGAUACCAAUUCCGAGUUGGGACGAGUUGCCAUUGCCACCAAGGACUUUCAAACUGGGGAGGUCGUCUUGCGUGAAGAGCCAGCUGUUAGUUUCAAUACCCAAGAUGGUUAUGUUGGUCUUUGGGAGGCCUACUUGAAGGCAACUCCUGAACAACAAGCUGCGAUUAUGAAAAUGCAAGCGGACUCCGUGGAACAAGAUCCAGAACGGAUGGGGCUCAUACAGGACGAAUUUCAACGAUAUCAAAAGGAAACCAAACUAGAUACAGCGACUGCUUCCAAACUAGACUUUAAAUUGGCUCGAACGCUGGUUGAAAUUGUCUUGAUCAAUGCCCAUGAUGUCCGAACCGAAGGAACUGGCAACUACGCCGAAUACGAAGACAUUCAGGCCGGUUCGAAAACGGCUCUCUUUCCGCUGGGUUCCAAACUGGAACAUCACUGCGCUCCAAACAUUUCCUUUGAUACGACGCCCCAAGGCCAACUCGAAUAUAUUACGGAAACAGUUAAAAUUGCCCAAGGAGAACGUUUGACCAUUAGCUACACGGGUCACGUCUACGAAGAACCACGACAGAUACGACGAGGCAACAUUUUGCAGCUCAAGCGGUUUUUGUGCAAUUGCACCCGAUGUCUUGGUUGGGACGAGUGCAAUCCAUUGAAUUGUCCGCAGUGUAGUACACUUACUACCCGAUCCCAAAAAUCGCCUCUGAUUGGAACACUCUUUCAGUGGGGCAAGGAUUCCUCUUGGCACUGCCAAGUCUGUACUUAUAAGGGUAGAACUGAAGAUGAUUUCAUUGCCAAGCAAUUGAACGAACAUCGUUCCUGGAGCCAAAAGAUUGAUACCAUUAUGGAACGAUUGGAAACGACAGGUUUUCAUCCGUCCAUGGUGAUGGAAUCUUCCAUUUUGCAAAAUGUCUUUGCCACCAAGUUAUCGGCAUUGCAUUGGUUGCACCCCAAGGCGUAUCAUACCUUACGGAUUGUGUCCACCUCACAAGCACGCUUGCUGAUGAAACAACAAAAGAAAACCAGUCGGGAUCCAGGUGUGAUAACCAUGCUGCAAAUGGCGGGGAAGUGUCAAUUGGAGCACUUUGUGUGGCUUUCGCGCAACAUUUCGUUGGUACAACAAGAACAUCAUCAUUAUCAAUAUCACAGUGGCGCCGCUACUACUAGUGCGGAAACAACAACUGCCGCUAAAACCACCAUGCUACAAGAACUUUGCCAAACCGUGGGAUCUUUCGCGCCGUUGCAAGAACGCAACUUGCGGACCAAAGAAAGCCUCGAACCGUACUUGGAAUCCAUCAUAUCUCGUGGUGAUGGUGCUUCCAACAACGGAGACUAUAAUGCCUCACUGCUGCUCAAUAUCAAUUCCCAAACAGUAGAGCUAGUGUUUCAUGCUGGACUGGACUUGAUCUUGGCGGGGCAUUCCCAGCUGGUGGCCAAACUGUACCAGUGUUUUCAGACCAUGUUGCAACAAUGGCGAAUCUUGAGUCCAGACAAUCAGAAACGGAUUCAACUCUUGAUCAAGAGCAAAGGAAAGAAUAAUCCCUUUCCGAACCAUAUAAUAAGCUAG